AAUACCUUUAAAAAUCAUCAUCAUUUGCAUUUGGUAUAGUAAACAAAUCUAGUCAUAUUACCUUGAAAACUAUACUACGAAAGGCAGCUUUUGCUCAGACAGUUACUGAUGAACUGUUUACUAAAACAUAGGAGAUCAAUGCUGGUGUUUACAAUAGUCCUAUGUUACAGUAAACAUCACCUGCUAGCACCUGUGCCAUUACGAUAGCGAAGGAGUCAAACAAAACACUUUGUGCAGGCACGCAUGGCUUUACGGCGAAAUAAAAAAGUAAAGAACAGCCUCUAACAGCCAUCGCGAUGCAAACUCUCAAGCUAGUUUUUGCUCACUGCCUUUUCCUUUUGUGUGCAGGCAACAAUGAUUUCUCAACGUACCCAAAAAACUUUGAGGAAAUCAGAAAAAGUUUUAAGACUGAUCGGCCAACCAUUGGUGUUUUGACCAUGGCGAAUAACGAUAAGAAACUUUUGAAGGACAUUCCCAAUGCGACAGAUACAACAUAUGUAUCAUCUUCAUACGUAAAACUCAUUGAGGCUGGGGGUGCAAGAGCUGUCCCAUUAAUUGCAGAUCUGCCUGAUGAUGAGCUUAUGAAAAUUAUUAAGUCAAUUAAUGGAGUUAUUCUGUCAGGUGGAGAUGGCAAGCUUUACAACUCUCAUUACGACAAAGUUGCCAAGAUGGUCCACGAUUAUUCGAUGAAGAAAAUGGAAGAAGAAGGAGAGCAUUGGCCUAUUCUUGGCAUUUGCAGAGGAUCACAAAUAUUGCCAGUAUUCACAGAAAAGAAAGAUUUCCUUCAGCACACGGAUUCAAAAAACUACUCCAUACCUUUGGAGUUUUAUGGUGAAUAUAAGAAGAGCAAAUUAUUUGGUCAUGCAUCUGACGGAGUUAUUGAAACACUGAAGAGCAAGCCUAUCACCAUAAAUGCACAUAAGUACAGUUUACUUUCUGAAUACUUCUUGAAAAGCAAGAUACUGACAGAUUUCUACCGCGUUAUAUCAUUGAACGACGACAAAGAAGGAGUUCGUUUUGUUUCAACUUACGAAGCCCGUAGAUACCCGAUAUAUGGCUUACAAUGGCACCCCGAGAAGCUUCUCUUCGUUUGGAAUCCUAUGAUGGCUGCGGACCAUUCCAUCGACUCAAUCCGCGUUGCACAGUACAUUGCUAACUUCUUUGUCAUGGAAGCGAGACGCAAUUCAAAUCGGUUUUCAUCUAGGGAGGAAGAAGAAAAAUAUUUGAUUUACAGGUGGAAACCAACUUAUAUUGGCGAUAUCCCUGAUACACCAUACGAACAAGUUUACCUGUUUCCAAGAAACCGGGAGGAGUUAUAACGGCUGAAGAUAAGGAGCUCUAUUGUCAGGGACAACAUUUUAACAGAAGCUGUAUUAUUCUAAAUUGUUUUGUAAACAAAUGUUGGAUUUAAAAAAUGGACAACAAGCCCACUCACUGACUUAUUUGUAAUACAUUUCCAGUUAUAAGAAAAGUGGGACUC